CGACGGCUUAAGAUGAAGGACUGGGUCUAACUUAGCUUCCGAGCAAUCAUGGCCGUUAAUUCCAUCUUCUCCGUGGCUCCGUCGAGUUUUCCUAAGAAAAAUCAAUCCAGAGAGAGAAAGCGAGAGCGAAAAUGAUUCGAGCGGCUUUAUUGUUCGUUGUCUUCCUCGUCGGAGUAACCGUACAGGCGCAGCUACUGCCUCCGGCGAGACGUGAUGGAUUCGUGUAUCCACCGGGUCGGAAGAUUAAUCCGGAUACGAUACUUAUCGAAGCCUAUGUUGAUCCGGUUUGCUCCGAUUGCAGAGACGCCUGGGAACCGCUAAAGCUAGCGAUUGAUCACUAUGGAUCUCGCGUUGCUCUUGUUCUUCAUCUCAUUCCUUUACCCUUCCAUGACAAUGCCUUUGUAGUAUCUCGGGCCUUACACAUUGUGAAUACCUUAAACGCCAAUGCCACGUUCAGUUUGCUGGACGGGAUCUUCAAGCAUCAGGCAUUGUUCUACAACUCGCAAACACAACUCAUGUCAAGACCUGCAGUUGUGGACAAAAUAGUCAAGCUCGGAACAGUUACACUGGGAAGCUCAUAUCAUUCUCCUCUUGAAUCUGGCUUCAGCAGCUCAAAAUCUGAUCUUGCCACUAGGGUUUCCUUCAAGUAUAGCGUUUCAAGAGGAGUUUCCUCUACGCCAACCUUCUACGUGAAUGGGUUCGAGCUGCCCGGUGCUGGUUCUCCCAUGGAUUUCGAAGGAUGGAGGAACACCAUUGAUCCUCUGGUUAAACCACAAGAAGUAAAGAUACAAGACACCUUCUUUUCAUUCCUCACGCAACCCUCUUAUUAGUUAGUAGUAGUGCUUCGCUGUGUCAAAUUUAAACAUGAUAUAAUAUACAUAUUUAAUUUUCCACAAUCUGUCUGUGAAGAAAGCAUCUGAAAAACUCAGACGCAUAAUAAAUAACAUACACUUUCGUUAGAUAUGUUGGUUACAUGUUCAUUUUCUUGUUGAAAUUGUAAUAUUUGACCAAAACUUUAAUACACGGUAAGUGGUUUUCAUAAUU